ACUAAUGCAUGACGAUUGACGUUAUUGGUCAAAGCCGACAGAUUAUAAUAUAUUCCCUGCUUCACUAGACCAGAUGUGCUACGCUUGUGACCGGCUUGACGAUAAAUUACGUCUUGCAAGCGUGUGUGGUAGGAUGUGCUCGAUAAAAUUCAAAACAAAAUUGUGAUACUUAAAUGUCUACUGGCAAUUUAUAGUUACGGCAGUUAGAUGAAUUGUUCCUGUGAACACGACUCUAUUCCAGGAAGUGAACAUUGGUGAACGUUAAUUAUUAGCCCAUUUGUCGCUUCCUCGUGUUGCCGGGAAGGAAGACCCACUGGUUGAUUUCGCUCCUGUUUAUAAGUUCCCUGCAGCACAAACCAAAUCGGAGAAGUUGACGCCUAUUUGUUGCCGCAAUGGAAGAAUCGCUGGACGCUUCGUUGCCGGUUGACACGGCUGUGGCGAGCUCGAGAGGUCUUCAGCAGCAGCAGCAGCAGCAGCAGCAGCAGUCACCGGCGGCCGCGGACUCGACCACACCCACCCGCAGCGUCACUCCCACCGCGGCCGCUUCACCACGCGCCGCAGCGGUCUGCAGAACUGCCUGCCUCUCGCUGUCCCUCACAUCUCUGUCCACUCUGGGGACGGGCAGGAGCUUUGCGGCACCCUGUCUGCUGUAUCCUGCCGCUAUGUGGAGGCCGCCCUGCUGCCACUUGUUCUGCACGUUGACGUCGGCCCCCGACUGCGGCAGAAUUCCGCUGUACAGUGCGGUGGAGUGUAGCCGCGUUCGCGCCGGUUGUUCGCGUCUGUUCCCCUGGCAGAGACCUCGAGGACUUUGGCUGCGUCUCCGUUCUCUGUGCAUUUUGAAUCUGCUUCUCGACGCCUUGCUCCUUUGCGGUAUUAUUUUCCACGGAAAUGUGUUGCCGCAGUGGAAAAUCUGAAAGUCUUUAUAACCGUGCCAAUUACGUGCUAAAAAACCAGUACUGUGAGCAGCGUGUAAGACUUGACAACUUGGUCCAGUAUGGGGAAGGACAUUUUGAGGCUACACAGAAUUACUUGUCAACAUUUUUAGAACUGAAAGUAAUGUCAGAGGGUGGUGUUCCACAUUACAUCUGAUUUGGGAAACACCCUACAAAAUCCCCUGUUCAGGGUUACCUUUCCUAACCCAGAAAACUAAUUUUUGCCAGGCCACAUAUUCGAGGCAUAUCCUGUGAUUUUAAUGUGCGGAAUUUCAAAUUGAACUGUGGCCUCGGGCGUAGAUCAUUAAGUGGGGAUUUGCAUAUUAUUUAAUGUGAUUGAAGAUAUCGGAGUAAAACAAAUUUUCAUUUCGA